AGAAACGUUAUUUUUACAACGUAUUCAUAGAGGUACAUUAUAUGUCUCUCGAAUAAUUAACGCGAAGUUCUACACAUUUGCUGCAGUGAUUUACACUCAAUUUACGUGUUUGAAUGUUUUAAACACAUAUUCUUGAUUUUCGAUCCACGACCGAACGUGACGUUUUAGAUCGGUGGUAGAUAUACACGCUCGCGGCACUAUGAUGAAACUAGGCCUGCUAAUGGUGUUGGUCGCAUCCGUGUCCUUGGCGUUUGGCGAAGGCGAAGAAGUGAUUUUCCCAGGAACAAAGCCGAACGACGAAUGGUGGUCGAACGCAAUGAUAUACCAGGUUUAUCCGAGAUCGUUCAAAGACAGCGAUGGCGACGGGAUCGGCGAUUUAAAAGGCAUCACUCAACAACUGGAUUAUUUCGUCGACCUCGGUGUCGAUGUGGUGUGGAUAAAUCCGAUUUUCAAAUCGCCCAUGGACAACAUGGGCUUCGACGUGGAAAACCAUACGGUGAUAGACCCAAUGUUCGGGACCAUGGAAGAUUUCGAGGAGUUGGUUGCCGAGGUAAAAAAACGAGACCUGAAACUGAUAAUCGAUUUUGUGCCAAACCGUUCUAGUUACAAGUGCGAAUGGUUUUCGAAAUCGAUAAAGAGAGAAGGAAAAUAUGGAGAUUAUUAUAUUUGGCACGAUGCUCUGAAUCAAGACCAAGCGGACAAUGAAACGUUCACACCAACACCUCCUAAUAACUGGUUAAGCGUUUUUGGAGGGUCCGCGUGGUCGUGGAACGCCGAACGAAAGCAAUUCUACUUACACCAGUACACCGACAGAGAGCCAGAUUUAAAUCAUAGAAAUCCCGAAGUGAACAAGGAAUUUUUGAACAUAAUGAAGUUUUGGAUGGACAAAGGCGUAGACGGUUUCCGGUUCAGUUCGUUAGGCAGACUGUUCGUAAACGAAACUUUCCCAGACGAGCCGAAGAGGUCUGGCCAUGACGAUUGGCCUAUUUAUUUGACAUUGAAUCAUAUAUACUCCGUUGAUCAACCCGAAGUCAUCGACAGGAUUAUCGAAUGGCGAAAAUUCAUGGACGAUUAUUCGAAAAAAAAUAACCUACGACCAAAGCUUUUUGCCGCGGAAGCUCAGUACCAUAUUUGUGUCUAUUCUUUACGUUUUUAUUACGGAUAUGCUAAUAAUCCUGGAGCUCAAGUGCCAUUUAAUUACCAUUUGAUGAUUCAAGUACGCAGAACUGAUUUAGCUUUUUCGGUGGAGAGAGCUAUAAAGUUUUGGUUUGAAGUCGUUUCUGCGAACAACACACCGAGCUGGGUGAUGGAAAAUCAAGACAUGGAUAGAAUAUCUUCGAUAUAUGGUCCUGAAGCGGUACAAGUAUUUACCGCGCUUAAAUUAGCGCUUCCUGGGGUUGACAUCACGUAUUAUGGGAGUGAAAUCGGUAUGGAGAAUACUUAUGUAAGGCCGGAUCAAAUUAAAGAUUCGUAUAAUUCGAGUGGAAAGAGAAGUAUAAAAAGCAGAGACUUUGCUAGAAGUCCUAUGCAAUGGAAUGAUAAGCCUAACGCAGGGUUCACAAAAGCGAAAACACCGUGGCUGCCCGUGAACCCAAACUAUUUCAAACUGAACGUCGAAACGCAAAAGCAAAUACCGACGAGCAAUUACAAUUUCUUCAAAAAAAUGUCCGGACUGCGGAAGACCGAUACAAUGAAGUACGGCGAUCUCUCGUCGUACAACAUCACCGAAACGGUGUACAUAAUCAAAAGGUCUUUGCCCGGACACGAGACGUACCUAGUGGUCAUGAACUUCGGCAGCGAAGUCGAGACGGUCGUGUUGUCCAAAGUGGUCGGCGGUCUCCGAGACGAGCUGUACGUAUACCUGGGCAGCGAAAACUCGGCUCACAGUGGCGGAGAUAUCGUGUCCACAACUUCUGCCUCCGACAGAACGUUGGUUCUCAAGCCGUUAUCCGUGGUAGUCUUGACCGAUGGCGUGGUCAAAGUGACCAGCAGUGCUGCUAACAGUCACAAGCGCUUCAACUCGUUGGCCAUCACGGGUUUGCUAAGCGUUUUGUCAUUAACAAUGUUUCGCAUUGGAAGCAACAUUAAUUAAAAUAGAUCAUCAUCAUUAUCAUUAUUUUUAUAUGAAUAACAUUAUGAAAUAUGUAAAUUUU